AUGAAGCUGGUGACAGUCCUCAUGCUGGUGGCCCUCCCCCUCUACUGCUAUGCAGGUUCCGGCUGCCAACUUCUCGAGGAUGUGGUUGAAAAGACAAUUAAUCCUGAACUGUCCACGACUGAAUAUCUAGCAGCUCUUCAAGAGUUCAUAUCAGAUGAGGCCACUGCAAAGGCUGGAGAGGAAUUCAAGCAAUGUUUUCUCAACCAGUCAAAUGAAACUCUGACCAAUUUCAGAGAGAUGAUGCACAUAAUUUACAACAGUCCUUGGUGUGCUCUGUAUUAA